CAUGGCAGCUAGUAGUGUUUGUGUACGUUUAGUUGAUUAGAAUUUAUUCAUCAUUAUGAACUAGGAGAAACAAUAGCAAUCUUAGAAAAAAUGUGACAGCAGCUUUGAGUAUAAUAAAUUCUUGCGUAGUAAGUGAGAGUAGAAAGAAAACAUUUUUGUUGUUUAGUCGCUGACUCAGAUGCAAAAACUGAAGCUGUUGUAUUUUGAUCGUGACAGAAAAGACAACUCAGUGACUUCCAACUUGUGCCAUCAGCUGACUGCUGAGCCUCUAAUGUUUAUUUCGUGUUGUGAAGGGACCUCUCUCAUCUGUUUGCAUGAUAUGUGAACAUGGACGAGAGCUUGUUACGUGAGGUGGUGGUAACCCGUAACGAUGAUCGCAGCUAUGGCCUUACUGUGUCAGGCGAAAGCCCCGUCGUGGUCCAGGAUGUCAAAGAUGGAGGCCCGGCUUGCCUAGCUGGGGUGCAGGUUGGUGACUGCAUCAUGAAGGUGAAUGGCACGCCCGUGUCAAAGUUCAACCACAAGGAGGUUGUGCAGAUCAUCAAGUCUUCACAUUCAGUUCGUCUGACGGUGUGUGCCGGGGCGAGUUUGCCUGCAGCUGACACGUCGCCUGAGAGCAGCUCGUCGCUAUCGUCUGCGUCUGUGCUGCUGCGUCACCACAACAAGGAGAAGCAGCACAAGAUUACUGCUCCUCUGCCUGUCAAUAACCAGCUGCAGAACCAGCUGGAUGUGAACCGCCACAAGAUGCUCAGCAAGAUGCUGGACACGCAACUCAAGACCAGGGAGAACAUCCUUCUUGAGCUUGAGAAGAAGCCCCCUAAAAAUUUGGCCAAGUCUCUCGAGAAGGAGCUGGAAACCAUCAACUCUCUUGUGGAGACGAUACAAACUAAGCUCAGAGCCACUGAGACUGAGAAUCCUCUCUCACAG